GCCUGCUGGAUUGCAAAACGGCCGACUCGUUGCAUCUGCAGAAACAAAACAAGAAAACACUGAAGAAGAAGAAGAGGCAGCUUGCUCUUGAAGCACCCAUCUUUCCGUAUAAAUAUCGAGAGAGAGAAUGUCAAAGUCAUAUUCAGUCAACGAUUUUCUGUGAUCCAACUACGGAAUCAUGAAAUAUUCAGCUAUAAUCCUACUUUCAAUACUUGGAACAACACUAUCAGCCCAACUGACAGGAAAUGAGGUUGUCCCAAUUUUAUCACAGGAUCAGGAAGUAAACUUCGACGGCUCCUACAGGACGUCGUACGAAACCGGAAACGGAAUUUCCGCCCAGGAACAAGGACAGCUGAAGAACGCUGGCAACAAGGACGCAGAAGUGGAGGAAGUGCAGGGAAGCUUCCAAUUUACGGCGCCAGAUGGCACUCCCAUCCAGUUGCAGUACAUUGCCAACGAAAAUGGAUUCCAACCUCAAGGUGCUCACUUGCCGGUAGCCCCCACACCCCCUCCAAUCCCCCCCGCGAUCCAGAGGGCUCUAGAUUGGAUAGCCGCCCAUCCUGAACCAGAAAACCAAGGCAACAACAAAAGGUUCUAACUGCAAUGCACCACGAAAAUCUAGUCUAUAGACCACAAUGAUGAUAUGUUCAGAAAUAAAAAUCAAAAUAAUAAUUGUAUAAUUGUACAAUUUUUGUUAAUUUUUUAUCAAAGUCUUGGUUUUGGAAUCCAUGUGUUCAGCUUAUAGUAGAUAGUUUUAUAAAUAAAUGUUGAAAUUUUGAUUGUAUUUAUUAUUUAUUUACAAGUUUUUAUCAUGUUUUUCUAAAAUUCGGAAAAAAGACUUAAAAGAUCACUUAUUCUUAUAGAAGUUGUUUAAUUAUAGAUAAAAAGUAGAUAAACCUUAAAAUCUCAUCCCUUAAUAAACAUUUACACUCUCUAAAAAUGAAUUAGUCAAAUAUGAUGGUUAUUAGUGGCUGCUUGUACCAUGGUUAACCAUGGAAUACCAUGGUAUCCCAAAAUUUAACAGCCAAUUCUUAUGUAAAAUUGUCCCCUGAAUCCUAAAAUACCGUCAAAAAUUAUGAAAGUGGAGCAAUUUUUGAGAUAUAGUCAAUUCCAUAUUAAAUGGAAAAUUGACUUUAUCUCAAAAACUGUACUACUUAUUUAACUUUUGACGGUAUUUUCGGAUUCAGGGGACAAUUUUACAAAAUAAUUGGCUAUUAAAUUUUGGGAUACCAUGGUAUUCCACCAUGGUACAAGUGAAAAAGCAGCCACUAAUAACUAUUAAAUUAGUCAUUUUCGACUAAUUCAUUUUUAGAGAGCAUACAUGGGCCAAAAUCUUAAAAAUGUAAAAAAUGAUUUUGGCCCAUAUGUCCGUACAUAAACAACAUACAAAUAAACCUAAACAUCUACUUUUUAGGGGGUAACAAAAAGCUCAAAUCUUCUUUUGGGUUGUCGUAGUCUAUUUCCGGUUCCUGUUUUUCUUGGGGUUGACUCUCCAACCACUUGAGCGCCUUCAAAAUCGCUGGAGGAAUCGGAGGUGGGGUGGGGAGAUGAUCUCCCUGAGGUCUGUAACCAUUUUCAUCGGCAGUGUAUGAAAG